UUCCACUUCCAACAAAUCGUUGACUGUAUGUUGAUGUUGAUCAGCAUUCAGUUUAUACGUGCCAACGUCCAAUUGCGCGCGCAUUUCCAAAAUAAGGAAGAAGUGACCGUAAAUCAUAGACAAAUAAUUCAAAUUAUUUUAAAUAUUUUAUUCAAGUGCGCUAACUAACAAACCAGCCAUGCCAGAUCAAGAGGUAGAAUGGAAUCAAGAGUUAGUUUCCUUAAAGGAUUGGUUGAUCAAUCAACCUCAUUUGCCCCACGAUGUCGAGGAUGUUCUAAUUCAUCGCUUUUACAUUAGCUGUGGCAAGAAAUUAGAACGUGCUAAGCGCACCAUCGAUUUAUUUUUCACCAUACGGUCAUCAGCUCCAGACCUCUUCUGCAAGAGGGAUCCUUGUUCACCGGAGAUACGACGCAUUUUUGAAAUUUGUGACUUGAUUCCACUGCCCAACAAAACAAAAGAGAAUUACAAAGUGUUUGUAUACCGUCUAAAUAACCCGGAUCUGGAUCUAUUUAACUUCGUGGAUGCUAUUAAAACGUUCUUCAUGUUAAUCGACACGAGAUUGACUGAGGAAGAUGAAAUUCCUUCGGGAGAAAUUCCUAUAUUUGACGCACAUAAUAUUACACUCAGAUUCAUUGGAAAAAUUAAUCUGUCGGUUCUAAGGAAAUACAUGAUGUACACUCAGGAGGCAAUUCCAGUAAGGCUAAAACAAGUGCAUGUCAUCAACGCACCGGCGUACAUUGGAAGGAUUUUUGCUCUUUGUAAACCGUUCCUGAAAUCGGAAGUUGCUAAAUUGAUAAAAUUCCAUGAGCCGAAUUCCGAGACUCUGCAUAAUGAUAUUCCUAAAGAGUUAUUCCCAUUCGAAUAUGGAGGUAAGGCUGGAUCUAUAGAUCAGAUCAAGAGGUACUGGAUCAAACGUGUUGAAGCGAAGAGAGAUUGGUUUCUGAAGAAUGACGAACGUUGGGCGGUGAACGAGAAGCUUCGGCCGAUGGGUUGCCAGACCGAAGCUAUUAAACAAGUUAAGGAGUUGCCAAACUCUUUCCGAUCUCUUGCUUUGGACUAGUGUUGCCAGUAAACAAAUAAUAAAUACAGUAGAACAGACUUAACAUUACUAUAAUAAAUCAUUUGCAUUUAAUUGUAUUAAAAAGUGACAACAAUGGAUUGAAAUUUACCCUUGCUUUUUAUACAAGGGAUAAAUUUUUGCCCUCCCAAAAAUGUAUCGCCUGUAAAAAAAUGUGUGCUAUUUUAAGUCAUCAUAAAUAUGUAAUCUCUUUUACAUACCAGCUUUUUCCCGCGUUCGAAUUGUAGGUACAUUUAACGAUAAGAAAACUUAUACGUACCUAUCCAAAUUGUGUAGAAAAUCAUGUCUACAAUAUCUUAUAUAUAAAAUUCUCGUGUCACAAUGUUAGUCUCUAUACUCCUCCGAAACGGCUUGACCGAUUCCUCUGAAAUUUGGUAAGCAUAUUGGGUAGGUCUGAGAAUCGGCUAACAUCUAUU